AUGAACAUUUCAAUUGAUGAAUCCAUGUUUGCUUCUAGUCAAGCAGAUGUUACUUUGAGUCAUUUACCAUCAUGGGAAUCAUUUAACAUUACAUCAUUUGAUUUAUCUGCAAUUAAAGUUGAUGAACAAAUGUUAGUUAAUAUACAAGAUUGA